UUAGCUAAAUUGAGGCAGAGAGAAUAAGUAAAUUAACCACUCGCGUCCGAUUUGCCAUUCUAGUCUUGCACAUAUUGACGCAUGUUUGUAUGAAGGUUUGAGAUCUGUCUCGCAAGUCAAAUACAGUCAAUAUGCCUCGUUCAUUUUUGGUGAAAAAUCGUCCAACUAAUCUUACGCACUACAUGGAAAAGACAGAAAUAGCCGAAUCCUUUCAAAUCGAAGUUCCCGACAAGGAAGGAGGAGGCAGAAAAGAAGAAAAUAAGCUUUUUGAAGUUUCGACAGAAAACGAAAAAGCAAAAGAGGAAGGACAAUCCUCAGAAAGACCCUUCGAUAUAAAGAACUUAAUUCAAACCGACGACAGACAAACGAAAGAUCUUUUCGCCUGUCAAUCGAGAACAGAAAACGAAAAUCUUACAGAAGGAAGGGUGGUGGCCUCAAAAUUCCAUCCGCCUAGUUAUUACGAGCAUAAAGAGAGCGUUCCAUGCCAAAGGUCUCAUAAUGCACAACAUCCCUACUUUAAUCCUCACUAUCCCAAUACCGUCCCUACAUACCACCUAUCUUAUCAUCGAUUCCCUCUUAUCCUCUAUCCUCCCACACAUCAUUCACUUCAUACCGAUGUAUACAGAUCACCACCUUGGGGAUCAAGUCAUGGAUCCUUACCAUCAACACAGAGCUUCACCGGUGCAAUCUCGCGUGAAAAAUCUGUAAAAAAAUCAGUGAAACCCGAAGCGAAAGGAAACGAGGUGGUGAAUACCUAUGAAUGUGUCAAAUGUCAUAAAGUCUUUGCAACACCUCAUGGUUUAGAGGUGCACGUUCGUCGUUCUCAUUCGGGAAAACGACCAUUUGAAUGUGAUAUGUGCGAGAAAACUUUUGGUCAUUCUGUAAGUCUUGAACAACAUAAAGCCAUACACAGAAAUGAGAAAGUUUUUGAAUGUAAACAAUGCAAUAAAACAUUCAAAAGAUCCUCAACACUAUCCACUCAUAUGUUGAUCCAUUCUGACACGCGCCCGUUUCCCUGCGAGUAUUGUGGCAAGCGGUUUCAUCAGAAGAGCGACAUGAAGAAACAUACGUAUAUUCAUACAGGGGAAAAGCCUCAUGUUUGUCGAGAAUGUGGGAAAGCGUUCAGUCAAUCCUCAAAUCUCAUCACUCACAGUCGUAAACACACAGGCCACAAACCUUUUGUUUGCAAUAUUUGUUCAAGAGCAUUUUAUAGAAAGGUUGAUUUAAGGCGACAUUCCGUCACUCAUGGAUCGUGUUUAAUGUGAGAUCUUUGAAAAAUGAUGUUUGGUGUAUCAUCAACAUAAAAUACAUAACAAACAAAACAGUUAUAGAAGCAAAAAACGAAACUUCAUUUAUGAGUUUAAUAACAAAUUACAAAAUCGCUACUUCUUAAAUCGAAUGAACAGUUUUUGAUAAGUUGGUGAAUCAUGUUAUUUUGGUGUCAUCAUUCUCUUAAAUUCUAGAGGAGAAAAAUAAGAACUUUACGAUAUCAUACAGACGAUUUUAAGUGUACAUAUUUAUCGCCAGAAACAAACUAUAAUAAAUAUUGAAACAACGCGAUAAACUGGACAAUGCAUAACAAAUUGAUAACAGAAAUCAUAAAUCAAUAUUUCAUAUAAUGUAAUUUAUGGAAAGUUAAUGAAACGGUAAUUUAUGGAAAAAUUUA